UUCCCACAAUGCCGUGUUUAGAAACCAGUUCCGGGAAUGGGCGGAGCAUGUUGGGCGCGCGAUGAGGAUUUGAAAGAAAAGAUGGCGCCGGAGGAAUGUUCGCCCACAGACCAAGACAGUUGCGGGACUGUCGGCACUGUGGAAACCCCGGAUGAGGCCAAUCACUCGUCCGAACGAAAACGGUGCUCGUCCACCUCUCCGAGCACCGUUCCUCCACAAAAAUCACCUCGUGUUGAAAUGUCGUCUCCCGACACAUUGACGCCGGACGCCUCAGGGGAUCGUACUGACAUGGAUCUGCUGGAAAAGGCGUCCGAAAGCGGGGAGGAGCCGACGACGUGUCCGUCCGCCAGCCCUACUGCACGGAGGAAAUCCUGGAGGCGAGCCACCAUUACGAGACGCUCUCUUCCUUCCCUUCCCAAUCCAUAUCAGACUCUGUGCAAGAGCAUCAGCACAUCUUUAUCACCGCAAGAGAGGUUGAGUCUGUUGAUGGAGGCUGCCAUGAAGCUUGCCAUUGAAAGACUUGAGAAUUCCCUCACAUCAGUGCCAAAUUCAUCUCCAACAGAGGCUUUCCAAAAACAAGUUGAGAACUUGCAGACCGAGUGGCACUCUCUGAGCAAAAGCAUACGCAGUGAACAACAAACACAUCCUGACAGUGAAGCGAGAUGUGAUGAUUUAACAACACGGACAGCCUUGGAUAAAAUCCAAAAUACUAUUAACAGGCUUAAAGCUGAACAUGAGUCCUGGGGAGCACUCUUACAAAAACACCAGAGACGGGCAGAAGAACUGAAAAUGAAAGUGUCCCAGAAGGCUGUCGCAUUUGACCAAACAUGUUUGGCUCAGUCCUCACAAUACCAGUUCAUUCAAAAUAAACCUGACUACCACGGCGUCCUCAGUAGGCAACAACCCAUGAUGCACACAAUGGCGGCUACUAUGGACACGCAGUGUCAGAUAGUCCGAGAGCUGCAGUCCAUCAAGGAGCAGUCGCAGCUGAUGGUGAAAGAGACCAGUGGCCGACUGGCGGCUCAAGCUGGUUUCCGGGAUUAUUCCACUGACGUCAUUAAGGAACUAGUGAUGGCACCUUUUCCAUACACAACCACCCUAAAUGGAGGCAAGCUGUCAAAUUGAGCCAUGUUUUAUCACUUGUAUAUAAAGAUUUUUUUGGUCCUUUUUA